AUGGCAAGAAGAAAGCACCCCUCGUGCGGGUAUAAAAGUGGCAGUCCGCCAGCGGAAGGCAUCAGUUUCAUUACAACCGUAGUCGAACACCGAACUAAACAUACAAAAUGACUGGCCGUGGUAAGGGAGGCAAAGGACUAGGAAAAGGAGGCGCUAAGCGUCAUCGCAAGGUUUUGCGUGAUAACAUCCAGGGUAUCACCAAGCCCGCCAUCCGUCGUUUGGCUCGUCGUGGUGGAGUCAAGCGUAUCUCUGGUCUUAUCUACGAGGAAACCCGUGGAGUGCUGAAGGUAUUCCUGGAAAAUGUCAUUCGUGAUGCUGUUACCUACACUGAACACGCCAAGCGUAAAACCGUAACCGCCAUGGAUGUUGUCUACGCUCUGAAGCGUCAGGGACGUACUCUGUACGGUUUCGGAGGUUAAAUCGUAUCCAUAUUUCCGCUCUCAAAACGGCCCUUUUCAGGGCCACCAAACACAUUCCCAAAAGAGUUAUCAGGUCAAUAUUCAAUUACUAAUAGCAGUCUGCCAUCGUACGGUGUUAUGUAUCCAACAAGCAAGUUUUUGAUUGCCGUCAUGAACGACUCGUAAACCCCUCCUCCCGACACAUUCUCCGUUUCAUUCGUAGCCAUCAG